AUGAACCGGUUCCUUGCCCAGAACGUUCUAGAAGUCAUUACGAAACAAGUGGGACAAGAAGCGAGGUUAAACUCGGCGCUAUCGCACACAAGGGCGAACGGAAGUGUUUUCCUGCCCUCGUGGCAGCAGCCACAGACGGUCGCGCCCGGCAGCAGGCACCCCACACCACCCCUUGGCCCGAGCGUAGGCGAAGCAGGAGUAAUGUCACCAGAAACUUCUGCCGGAAGUCCGCAACCCAGUUUCCGGCGGCCCUCGGAGUUCUGGUAUGCUUACUAUUCUGCAAACGAGGAACUCCUGAUACCAAGUGUUGGAUUUUCAGUUGGAAAUUGGGAUCAUAUGCUGAUCCUGACAUCACACCACAUUCAACAACUAUUUCUGUUUAAGCAUCCAAAUGUACAAGAGUUCCGAUUCUGUAUAGAGCCUGAAUCUACCGCAGAUAAAUGUAUGACAAUGCAAAACCAGAAUGUUUCUCCAAGCAAGUUAAAUGAUAAAUUACCAUCAUUGUAUGGCGCCCAUGAGAAGGGGAGAUUUCCACGGACAACAUACAGUUUGAAUCAUACACUUAAACCUCUUCCCUUUGACUUGGGACAGAAAAGACCCUCUUUGGUAAAACAGACUGCACAUACUUAUGAGCUGUGGGAUCGUGGAAAUUCAUCUGAGAUGAGUGGUAGAUUUGGUUUUACCAUAUAUCAGACAUCUUACCAGGGUAACCAGGACACAGAACGCCCUUUCUGCAGACGUUUCCCCAAAAUUCCUAGCAAGAGAUCCAAAAUUGCUCAAACUCAGAACCCUACUGAAGUAAUGUGGUUUGGGAAAAAUAAUUCCUUGUACAGAACUCCACUAGAGAUUUUAGGUAAUACUCAACGUCCUCUAUAUCCUUCUGGCAAGAAGUCCAAUCAUACAAAAUCUUCCCGAAAAAAUUGCAUGUAG